GCUUGUCUGCAUCGUAACUGCAUUUGGCCUUCUGUGUGCCGCCCUAAGCCUUUAGAUGGGAAUGCCUCAUUCAUUAGCUAGUAAUCGAGUGGCUAUUUCAAGAGGUCCACGAUCGUGAAGGGCUUGGAAUCGCGCGUGUUCUUACAAAUGAGCCCCCACCCACCCAGAUUUCCCUGUCGUGCCUCCUUCCAUGCACACAGCAGCACAUGGUUACAAUCAAGCCCAUAAAUCAGGCGCCUCCGAUCGAAUAGUCCGAAUUAAGCACACAUGCACAUCAGACUGGGGCUGGCUGCUGUUGCAGCAGAAGAAGCGAGAGAAACAGUCACACAUCAGGGGGAUGGAUGGACCCAACAAUCCUCUAUAGUGAUCAAUAUCUGACUGUCUUUUGCAAAUCGCUGCAGUGCUUCACAGGUGUGCACUCGAGUAUUCUCAUACGGAUUGAUUCAGCUGGAGCCACAUGUCACAUGUGCUUCAUAGGAAGAACCGGGGCAUCAUCUGCUGCAAGCUGGAUCUGGAGGAGGAUGCUGCGGCAAGUGAUACACAGAGGGCUGAAAUCUUCUUUCUACUGGCUGGGUUUGUUCGUGAGCAGGCAUCCGGUGUUCUUCCUCACCGUCCCCGCAGUCCUGACCAUCAUUUUCGGAUUCACGGUGCUGAGCCGGUUUAAGCCCGAAACGGACCUGGAGAUCCUGGUCGCCCCGACGCACAGCCUCGCGAAGAUCGAGCGGAGUCUCGCCAACAGCCUCUUCCCCGUCGACCAGUCGAAGCACAAGCUGUACUCGGACCUACACACCCCCGGCAGAUAUGGAAGACUCAUUCUGCUGGCCAGAUCCGGGGGAAAUAUCCUGGAACUGGCCGAGCAGGUGCUCCAGGUGCACAAGAAGGUCCUGGAUAUGCGUGUCAAUUAUAAAGGCUUCAAUUACACUUUCGCGCAUCUCUGUGUCCUGAGCCACCGGGACAGGAGAUGCCUCCUGGAUGAUAUCAUCACCAUAUUCGAAGACAUUCGCUUAGCUGUUCUGUCUAACAGCACUUUUUCCAAGGUCCCCGUGAGCUAUCCAAAUACAACAUUAAAGGAUGGUCGAGUGUCCUUUAUUGGCCAUCAGCUGGGGGGCGUGGCCUUGCCUGUAAAUAGCCGUGAUCAACAAGUCAAGUUUGCUCGUGCCAUCCAAAUAACAUACUACCUCCGCAACCUUGGACCAGUGGUGCAGGACAUCAUUUCUGAGAAGUGGGAGAGUGAAUUCUGUAAGCUGGUGCACCAGCUGGCCACAGACAGCCAGGAACUACACAUCCUGUCACUUACGUCCUUCAGCUUAUGGCGGGACUUCCACAAGACAGGCGUGCUGGCCAAGAGCGAGGUACUGGUCAGCUUGGUGCUGGUGCUCCUGGCAGCCACCAUCUCCAGCUCUAUGCGGGACUGCUUGCGUGGGAAACCCUUCCUGGGCCUGUUGGGGGUCCUUACCAUCUGCAUCGCCAACGUGACGGCAGCUGGGAUUUUUUUCAUCUCUGAUGGGAAAUUUAACUCUACGCUGCUUGGGAUCCCCUUUUUUGCCAUGGGACAUGGAACAAAGGGUGUGUUUGAGCUUCUGGCAGGCUGGAGAAGAACCAGAGAGAGCUUGCCCUUCAAGGAGAGAGUGGCAGAUGCGUUUGCUGAUGUGAUGGUGUGCUACACCAUGACUAGCUCGCUCUAUAUUAUCACCUUCGGCAUGGGUGCCAGCCCUUUCACCAACAUCGAAUCUGUGAAGGUCUUCUGCCAGAGCAUGUGUGUAGCAGUCCUGGUGAACUACUUCUACGUAUUUUCAUUCUAUGGCUCCUGUCUGGUGUUUGCUGGGCAGCUGGAGCAAAACCGCUAUCACAGCGUCUUCUGCUGCAAGAUCCCCUCGGUGGAGUAUCUGGACCGCCAGCCCACUUGGUUUAAGACCAUGAUGAGUGACGGCCAUGACUUGUCUACGCACCACGACAGCGUACCAUACCAGAACCACUUCAUUCAGCACUUUCUGAGGGAGCAUUACACAGAAUGGAUUACAAACACCUACGUGAAACCUUUUGUGGUUAUCCUCUACCUGAUUUAUGCCUCCUUUUCAUUCAUGGGAUGUUUACAAAUCAGCGAUGGCUCCAACAUAAUUAAUCUGCUAGCUAGUGAUUCGCCUAGCGUGUCGUUCGCCCUGACCCAACAGAAAUACUUCAGCAACUACAGUCCGGUGAUUGGGUUUUACAUCUACGAACCCAUUGAGUAUUGGAACUCCACAGUACAGGAGCACCUCAAGACGCUGGGCCAGGGCUUUAAUAAGAUUUCAUGGAUCGAUAAUUACUUUCACUAUCUGAGGGUCGUGAAUGUCAGCGCCUCAACCAAAACUGAUUUCAUUAACAUCCUCAAGACUUCUUUUCUGAGGAGCCCAGAAUAUCAACACUUUGUGGACGACAUCAUUUUCUCCAAAAAUGGAGACGAGUAUGACAUCAUCGCCUCCAAGAUGUACUUGGUGGCCAGGACGACUGAGAAGACCAUGGAGGAGGUCGUGGAGCUACUGGAGAGACUUCGACCUCUCUCCCUCAUAAACAGCAUCAAGUUCAUCGUUUUCAACCCAACGUUCGUAUUCAUGGACCGCUACAGUUCCUCCAUCAUCUCCCCCAUCUUAACAUCAGGUUUCAGCGUGCUCACUAUUCUCAUCCUCACCUUCUUCCUGGUCAUAAACCCACUGGGGAACUUCUGGUUGAUUUUGACUGUCACCUCUGUGGAACUGGGUGUCUUGGGUCUCAUGACACUCUGGAAUGUAGAUAUGGACAGCAUCUCUAUCCUGUGCCUUAUUUAUACUCUCAACUUUGCCAUGGAUCACUGUGCCCCCCACCUCUACACAUUCGUACUGGCCACUGAGCACACACGGACUCAGUGCAUCAAGAUCUCUUUAGAGGAGCAUGGGGCUGCCAUUUUGCAGAACACCUCGUGUUUUGUGAUUGGGAUAAUGCCUCUUCUAUUUGUGCCUUCUAACCUGACCUACACACUGUUCAAGUGCUCCCUUCUCACAGCCGGCUGCACAGUGCUGCACUGUUUCGUCAUCCUACCAGUGUUCUUGACAUUCUUCCCACCUUCUAAGAAGCGACACAAGAAAAAGAAACGGGCCAAACGGAAAGAGCGGGAAAGAGAGAGGGAGCGGGAGAGGGAGAGAGAGGAAAUCGAGUGCAUUGAAGUCAGGGAAAACCCGGACCACGUAACCAAUGUUUGAUUGAAAGAUGUGUGUGAAUAUAAUUGGUUAGAUAUCAGCUCCAGUCCACUAGGGGGCGACGUCAGGCAGGCCUUCACAGGUCCAGAGGUGGCCGAGUCUGGCACUCUUGCCCCUGGGGUGACCCUUGCGACCCCAGCAGUCAACAACAGUGCUGUCCAGAGUUAAAAACCCCUUUUCACUCAUUUCUUGUGUACACUUCGUCCAGAACAGUGUAUAACAUCUGCAGCUGCUAGAUUACAUUAGCUGUUAAUGUGAAAGGUUUGCGUAUAAAGGUUGUCUGUAUACAUGAACUAAUACAAAAGACCUAAACAGAAGGCCUCCAAAAAUGUUAGCAUGAAUCUAAGAAGGUGGUUUCCUGCUUAUUUUAGAUUUGGGUAUUCCCAAGUGUAUUCAUAUAUGUUUUGCAAGAGCAGAUAUCACAGCAAGUUCAUUUGGUCUUAUUUAGCACCAACACAAUUAUUUCUGAUCACUGUUUUUCUAACUGUUAUGCACCUCACAUUCCUUCAGCUUUUUGCUUACAUAAUUAAUCAAGACCAACUCUGUUUAAAAAUAACUAAAAAAAAAAAAUAAAGUAGUAAAAAAAAAUAGUAGCAAACGGAAGUAGCAGAUUUCAGCAUCCAUCAAAUUAUGCAGCACUAUCCUAGAAGUAACACUUGGCAUGCAUUUAUCACAAAUGUCCUGUAGCAAAUCUAAAAGUGUGUUUGCAGUUUCUCUGGUAGCAGUUAUUUAGACAUAAUCACUCAGACUCCCCCCGAGGCGAAAGGUCCCACCUUAUACCUGGAAAAUAUCCUCAGAGCAAAGCAUUAAUGGUCAAUAGAAUGAAAUAUUAAGGCUUGUAAAAGGUGUUUUUCUCCAUUAAAUGUUCGGUGAAUUUACAUUUGUCAGAUUUGACAUUUAGCAGAUAUUUAGACUGUAAUUUGUUUAACUCUUCCGGGUAUAUAAACAGUGUCAGCAGGUGUUUUAUUAGGAGACCACCAACAUGAAUCACUUAAAUGUUUUGCAUAUAAUAUUAAACUGCAUAUGCCAUUUAAAAAAAAAAAGGUUUUCCAAAACACCCAAGUGACUCAUUCACGAGAAAAGAUACUUGUAGCAUGUCUUAAAGCUGCAUUGAUAUGAUCCGUUUGUUUACUUGCUUGUGUGAUUGUUUGUUACAAAACCACAAAUCUUACACCUGUUCAUGUAGUUAAACUGCGCAAUGAAAAAAAGAGUAGAGUUCUCCUUUCUGUUGUUUUGUUAUUUGGCACAUUAGACAGUUUCACUGAUGGCUGUCGUCUAAAAUACAGUACAUGUCAAAUGACAAGAGUAGAUAUUGUUUUUGAGUGUAGCAUGUUUUGUCUGUAUUUGUGAGUCUUUGCAGAGAUUAGCAGUGCAGAUGAUAUACACUGUGUUCAUGCUGAAAAAAUUUCUUGCACAAAUCAACAUAAAAGGUAUCAAGGUACAUUCUGGUGGAAGUUAGUAAGUCUGUUAUGUUAGAAUUGUUGGUUCUCUUGUCCAGAGGUCAAGACAUCAGCUGAUGUUGUGUAUUAGCAAAGUCGUCGAUCCAGACCGUUUUAAACUAUGGGUUAUUUUAUAUGUCACAAUUAUGUAUCGCACCAGUCAAACCUACUGUAGCUCUUGAAGAAACAACACAAAAUGUAAACAUCAAAGAAUACUUCACCCAAAAAAAUACUAAUUCGGUCAUCAUUUAAUCACCCUCAUGUCAUUCCAUACCUAUAUAACUUUUUUUCUGCAGAACACAUACAAAGAUAUUUUGAGGAUUGUUUUUGUCCAUACACUGGGGUCCAAAACAACUCCAGGUAUGUUUGGAAUUAAAUGUGGGUGAGUUAAUGAUGACAUAAUGUUCAUUCUUGGGUGAACUAUCCUUUUAAUGUAAAAGUAUCUGGAAUGGAUUGUGUAGAUGGAGGCAAAAAUCAGCCGAUAAAUCAGUUUGCUUUUUGUCAGGCUUAUACCCCCCAUGCCUGCUUCCGGGAAGCCUUUUGGUUAAUGUUCCAAUAAUCACAAAUUAACAAUAUUUUGUAUAAAUAUUUCAUCAACCUCUGAUUGUCCUAAUCAACCGUGUAAAGGUGUAAUCAAAGUAAUUAUAUCCUUAUCUCAUACUACAACAAACUGUUCUCAUUCUUACCAUGUUUUCAUUUGUUCAGAUGUAGAUUCGAAUUGAUUCUAAGUCAGUCGUUGCAAUGUAUGCCUCAAAAUGCCCCCCCAGAAAAAAUGCUGAAUUUUUCCUGUUGUGUAUAUUGUACACAUUUCACAAUCAAUGAACUGUGCAAAACGCAUGUGGUUUCCAGAGCCUUACUGAUCCAGUCAAACAGCUGGGUUCAUUAUGGAGUCAUUUAAAGGGCAGAAGGCUUCUCGUUGGGGGAGGUUUACUUGAGAGGUUGAGAUACAUGGACCAAAGGUUUCCUGUAGAAAAGUCCGUUAGAAACGAUAAAACACUUCAUGUACAGCAAUGAUCUUAUGUUGUCAUUGAUUGGUGUUUAAAUGUCACAGGUACUGGGCACCUCAAGGUAAUGGCCAACGUGUUUAGAUGCAACAUUCCAAAACCAGUAGGUUUCAUAAAUAUUAAUCGAUGGAGCUUUUAAUGUCUAAUAUCGAUGGCAUCCCCAUAUAUGUAAGAGCUAUAUAAUUUGUGUUGGAAGAGGGCAUGAAAAUUAAAUAUACGAAGACAUGAGAUGCAUAAUGAAAAUUAUGAAAAAUCAUUUACUUCCCAAAAUGAUUGUGUAUGCAUGUAUUGUAUGUAUGCAUGUAUUUGGUUAGUGUGUGUAUUAUUUUUCCUGACUUUUUGAGAGCUGUAGUUGCUGGAGUGGACACUUUGUUUUAAUGCAUACUUGAUACCAUCUUCAGAAAUUUGCGUUUUACUUUUUUUUUUUUUUUUUCUGGUGUGCUUUAUGCCAGUAUGAAAAAUUAUGAAUUGUAAAAUAAAUGUAUAUAUUUUUAUAUUUUAAAGAAACAAGAGGUGGAAACAUUUUUUUUAUAUAUUAAGGUCAUGUUAUUAUAAAAAGCAAUAAAGAACAAAAAAAAAAGGAAUAAAAUAAAAUAAUUCUAAAGUCAGUAGGCCAGUAAUAACGUAUGGAAUGUUAUUCGCAUCCUCACAAGUCAGUUAUUACCACAUCUUUUGUUGUUACUUACUAUAUUUAGUAGCCUACAUGAAAACCACAGUGUAAUUUUGCAGGAUAUAACAUCUCUCCCGGCAUAAUCCAUUUCUUUAUAAGUUGCCAAAGCUGAAUCUUGAUUAUAAUGCAACGUGUAAUCAUAGUUAUAGAGAGUUUAUAAGAAAUUUGCUAAAUAUAUCGAUAAAGCUAUUACAACGGCAAAUAACUAUGUUGAUAAUUCAGGACACUUAAUUAAGUUGUAAUUUUGUAACUGAACUGUGUGUAUAUUUGUCUACUAAACUGCUGAUCAUAGCUCUAGAAUCAAGACUAUUGAUAAAAAUCUGUAUACUGUUCUUUUUGUUUUGAUGCAUUUUCUUGGAUCAGACCAUAAAUCACUCAGUCGACGUUCUUAUUAUCUGCUUUAUUUAACUUGAAAGUGGCCCACAAAUCAACACAAAGUUACCACCAUUUUCAAGGAAACUACAGACUUCAGGCGCGCAGCUACGUAUUCUGAGGGCCAUAAAUCAAAUAUGCACUUUUGGGCUUGAAUCAUUUUGACAAUAAUCUUGUCAUAUUAGAUUUCAUAAGCUAAGACUGUGAGUCAUUGCUAAAUAUAUUAGUUGUUUUCAUUAAAGGGAGCUCAUUUUGCUGAACCCCAUUUUCUGAAAAUGCAGCAUCAGGAUCAAACAACAAACCGAUAGUGUUUUGAUUGAUUUUCAGGUUAACUUCUGACUUCUGAUUAACUUCUGAAAGUGAAAAACGGCACAGUUGAACAUUUAAUUUAAUAACAUGCAUAUUCUUUUACACACUGAAAAUUUACAUCACAACUGGUGUUUGCUAUAUUUAAUACAAAUAACAGCAUAAAACUUUUUUCUGUUGUUUGUAGAUUUAACUGUACAUUACAUUUGACUUUACAUUGCCAUGGACAAAAAAUCAUCGCAAUACACAGAUGGACCUAUUUAAUAAAGAAAGUUGCAUUGAAGGUAAUGAUAAAAUGCUGGACAUCAAUUAGCUUUUCAGCACACAGCAGCAUGCUGUAUUUUCCAUGAACAGGUCAUUUAUACUACAGAGCAAUAAUGUAACAACAAAUGCAAGCUUGUAUGCUGUUGUUGUUUCCCCUCUGGUGCAAAUCUUUUUCAGACUCUGGCACGGUCCAAAGUUAAACUUUUUAAAUUAAAAUCAGUGCAGUUCUGUAAGGUUUGUUGAGAUUGGAAAAAGGAAUAUAUUAGUAUUAUUUUUCUUCCACUUUGCAGUAGAAUGGCUUUGAAACCGAAAAUGCAGUAGAAUGGCUUUGAUGGCUAACUUCAAAAGUCACUUCAACAAAGUACAUGUACAAAUGUAUAUAAUAUUUUUCCCCCUAUAUGUGAAAUUUUAUUCACAGUUAAGCCAACAAAAGAAAAACAUAUAUAUUAAGAACAAAAUCAACAAUUCAUCUUCAUAUAUUUGUGCAGUUAUAUUUCACUACAAGUCUAUACAAUGACCUGCUAAUUAAUGUCAUCAGGAUUUUUGAAAAAUAAAAAUAAUGUGAAACAGUUCCAUGUCAGAUUACUAAUGUUAACAAUGUGG